GUAAGUACAAGGCCCAGAACAGAACAGAAGAGCCAGAGGAAACAGGGGCAUCCUCAACUCCAGAGGAGCAACCAAAGCCAAAACAAUGGCGACAGAGGCAGUUCGAUUGGCAGCCUCACCUUCCUCUUCAAUCUGCUCCUUCCAUGGUUCCCUAAGGAUCUCUAACUCUCUCUCCGCCCCAGUUCGCUUCUUUGGUCUCCCUGCCCCUCGCACUUCAGUUUCAUCAUCUUCUAUCUCUUCCUCCCUCUCUCACUUCCUGGGCGGCCACCAUGCCCGCUCGCAAUUCUCCAUUUCCGGGCAAAAAACCCUACAAAGAAGGAGGCAGAACUUAUCUGUCUCCGCCAUGGCUGCCGAAGAGGGAAAGCGUGUGGUGCCAUUGAAAGACUACAGAAACAUCGGAAUCAUGGCUCACAUCGACGCAGGAAAGACCACCACAACUGAGAGGGUACUCUAUUACACGGGAAGAAACUACAAGAUUGGCGAGGUACACGAGGGAACUGCCACCAUGGACUGGAUGGAACAAGAGCAAGAGAGAGGGAUCACCAUUACUUCAGCUGCCACCACCACAUUCUGGAACAAGCAUCGAAUCAACAUCAUCGAUACCCCUGGCCAUGUGGACUUCACAUUGGAAGUCGAACGUGCUCUCCGUGUUCUUGAUGGUGCAAUCUGCUUGUUCGACAGUGUUGCUGGAGUGGAGCCACAGUCGGAGACCGUGUGGAGGCAAGCUGAUAAGUAUGGUGUGCCUAGAAUUUGCUUUGUGAACAAGAUGGAUAGGCUUGGAGCCAACUUUUUCAGGACAAGGGAUAUGAUUGUUACGAACUUGGGUGCUAAGCCUUUGGUGAUUCAAAUCCCGAUUGGCGCUGAAGAUGGCUUCAAGGGUGUUGUUGAUCUCGUCAGGAUGAAAGCUAUUGUCUGGUCUGGGGAAGAGCUGGGUGCAAAGUUUGAUUAUCAGGACAUUCCGGAUGAUCUUGAAGAAUUGGCUGAGGAUUACCGAGCUCAGAUGAUUGAGAUGAUUGUCGAGUUGGAUGAUGAGGCCAUGGAAGGCUAUCUAGAAGGCAUUGAACCUGAUGAAGAAACUAUCAAGAAGUUGAUUAGGACAGGAACUAUUGCAGGCAACUUUGUGCCUGUUCUAUGUGGCUCAGCUUUCAAGAAUAAAGGAGUGCAACCUUUGCUCGAUGCAGUUGUUGACUAUCUCCCUUCCCCAGUUGACUUGCCAGCAAUGAAAGGGACUGAUCCGGAGAACCCAGAAAUCACGCUCGAAAGGGCUGCGAGUGAUGAUGAGCCAUUCUCAGGUCUAGCAUUCAAGAUUAUGAACGAUCCAUUUGUGGGCUCUCUUACAUUCGUUAGAGUGUAUUCAGGGAAGCUUGCGGCGGGAUCUUAUGUCCUGAAUGCAAACAAGGGGAAGAAAGAGAGGAUCGGAAGGCUCCUCGAGAUGCAUGCCAAUAGUAGAGAGGAUGUUAGGGUUGUCUUGACGGGAGACAUUGUUGCUCUAGCUGGGCUGAAGGACACCAUAACUGGAGAAACAUUGUGUGAUCCGGAGAACCCGAUUGUUCUUGAACGAAUGGACUUCCCUGACCCAGUCAUUAAGGUGGCAAUCGAACCAAAAACCAAGGCUGAUGUGGACAAGAUGGCAACCGGGUUGAUCAAGCUUGCACAAGAAGAUCCUUCUUUCCAUUUUUCUCGAGACGAAGAGACCAACCAGACGGUGAUCGAAGGGAUGGGAGAGCUCCAUCUCGAGAUCAUCGUGGAUCGUCUCAAGAGAGAGUUCAAGGUGGAAGCCAAUGUCGGAGCACCCCAGGUGAACUACCGGGAGAGCAUAAGCAAAGUAGCCGAAGUUAAGUACGUGCACAAGAAGCAGUCAGGUGGGCAAGGUCAGUUUGCUGACAUCACUGUCCGGUUUGAGCCAAUGGAGUCAGGUCAAGGGUACGAGUUCAAGAGUGAGAUCAAGGGAGGGGCAGUCCCACGGGAGUACGUUCCUGGAGUGAUGAAGGGACUGGAGGAAUGCAUGAGCAACGGUGUUCUGGCAGGCUUCCCUGUGGUCGAUGUACGUGCUGUACUGGUUGAUGGGUCCUACCACGACGUCGAUUCGAGUGUUCUGGCAUUCCAGCUGGCAGCAAGAGGUGCGUUCAGGGAAGGGAUCAGGAAAGCUGCUCCAAAGAUGCUUGAGCCGAUAAUGAAGGUGGAAGUAGUGACCCCGGAGGAGCAUUUGGGGGAUGUGAUUGGUGAUUUGAACUCCAGGAGAGGGCAGAUCAAUAGCUUUGGAGAUAAACCUGGUGGCCUGAAGGUGGUGGAUUCACUGGUGCCGUUGGCUGAGAUGUUUCAGUAUGUGAGCACGCUCAGGGGAAUGACGAAAGGGCGGGCUUCGUACACGAUGCAGUUGGCCAAAUUCGAGGUUGUGCCACAGCAUAUUCAGAACCAGCUUGCUUCGAAAGAGCAGGAAGUUGCUGCUUGAUUCCAGGUUACUUCUGGCGGAGUUGUACUGUUCUCUGUGUAAAAGGCAUAAUUUUGUUGGCCUGAGGUCUCUGGUUCGGUCUGAAUGUAACAUAUUUCUCAAUCAUUUAUACGUUGGAGAUUGUUGUACUUUACGUGAAAUUAAAAGGAGAUAGAAGGGACAAUAAUUGCUUAAUGAGACAGUCCUCACUCCUCAAGAUCGGUAUUUUGCAGAGUGCAUUCGCUGGUGUGUACAGAAGACACUGGGUCAAGCGAAGCCCAGAGAUUGAUUACCAGUUUUUGGGUACGUUACAUAGAACGUCACUCAUCUUCAGCUAUUAACAAAUCGACGAUAGAGCUUUGAUUUUUAAC